AUGCUCCAACUCCCCAUAGAAAUACACAACGAGAUAGUCUUCCACUUCGUCUGGGACCGUCCAAUCCGACGCCCACGGCCGAAGCCAAGGUGGCGCGACAUCGAGCCCCUAUCCCUAGUGUGUCGUGCAUUCCGGCGCAUGGUACUCGAGGCGUGGUUCCACACUCUCUGCAUAUGCAGGAGACAAGACUUGUCGAUUGUCUCGCAAUACUGGCCCGAGCUUCCCCAGUGGGUGAGAGUAUUCGUCUGCCUACACAAUCUGCUGGUGGACUACGACGACGAAUGGGACCUCGCGCGGUUCGUAAACCUUCGGGAAGUCGUCGUGCAGAUGCUCCCGUUCUGGGACGUUAUACCCUUCCCGUGUUUGGCCAACGUGCCGCCAUCCGUGACCAAGCUUGACAUGACGGGCAUGGGCGAAAUCGGACCGACAGACCUGGAGGCUAUCGUCAAGCCGUUCCCUAACCUCCGCGUCCUACGACUGCAGCCCUACAGCACUUGGUGCGGGCUCUGCAACACGUUCACGUCCUCGAGCUUUUCCUGCCCUGUGCCGUCCUCCCUCACUUAUGAGGGUGGAGUCGGCUUACCGGCGCAUUUCGCGCAAUUCCUGCAGCCGCUGGAGGAUCUUGAGACGCUCUACAUAACGGCCAAGUAUGACUUACUUUCAGACGAGGAAGCAAAUCCGCUUCUCGAGAUAGGUGAGGAGAACAAAACCAUGUGGAGCGGUGAAUGCCGUGAUUGCAUGCAGAGAUUGUACCCAGACGAUUCCUUCCGAGAGGACUGGGUUGCCAAGAAGAAAACGCCUGCCAUACACCUGCCGGCAUUGAAGAGGGUAGAAUGGAUAUUCUUGUCGGGAGACGCUUUUGCCAACGAGACCGGUGACAAGUCCCAUUUCCGGCCCAAUCCCCUACACCUAUAG